AUGGCUUCCUCUUCCCGCCGCCACCCGCACCGCGGCUUUACGUCGGCCACGCCCCAUUUUUUCAAGGUCAUUCUCCCUCACAUCCUCACCCAAAGAAAGCUAAAUGUUCCAAAGAAAUUUGUUUCAAGACAUGGGGAAGCUUUGCAAAAUGAGGAGGUGUUUCUGAAGGUGGCAAAUGGGGCAGAGUGGAAAGUGGGAGUGGAAAAAAGUAAUGGAAAAGUUUGGUUUGAAAAAGGGUGGCAACAAUUUGUGGAGUUUUAUUCCAUUGGAGUUGGCUACUUUUUAACAUUCAGAUAUGAAACAAAUGCUUGCUUCCAUGUUACAAUAUUUGAUCCAAGUGCUUCAGAGAUUGAAUAUCCAAUGGAAGAUUUUGGGGAUAUUAGAAGUGAGAGUGAAGAAUUUGAAGAUCAAAUAUUGGUUUACAAGAGAAGAAGAGAAGGGAAAAUUACUCAAACAAAUUUGUAUUCUGUGGCUCAUCAUAAGAAGAUGAAAAUUAGUAAUGAUCAUGAUGAAGUGCUGAGGAAUGAAGACUUUCAAUCUUCCAAAUUCAAAGAUCGUUUGAAAGUCAUAAAGUGUGAGAAUGGUCUCAGAUCAGUUACUGAGAGAGCUUCAACAUUCCAAUCAAUGACGCCAAAUCAUUCUUUUAUGAUCACAAUGGGGCCUUCAUACAUUCACACCGGCAAAGGUGAUCCGAACAUUCCAAAAAGCUUUGCAAAGAUCCAUGUGAAGAAGUCCCAAGAGAUCAGUCUUGAGGAUUCAGAUGGAAGGGUUUGGAAAAUUUGGUGUGGUGUACGUCCCUCUCAAAAUGUGAAUAAGAGUGUUGAAAUGAGGGGUGGUUGGAAGGCAUUUGCUAGAGAUAAUAGCUUGGAAGAAGGCCAUAUUUGUGUUUUCGAGUUAAUGAAAGGUACUAAAUUAUCAUUCAAAGUUACCAUUUUUCGAUGA